AUGUCUAUCAAUCCGAUCCAUUUCGACCUAGACCAGUCAGCAGCUGCUGACAGACGGCGAGCGGCGCCUUCUGAACGAUCAACCCACCGUGACAGGCGCCCGGGCCAUCCCUAUCCUCGAGAAAGUGCUCCCGGUAGCACUAUUUCCCGUACAAAUUCUGAGUCCCAAAUUUCCGACUACAUCACAUCCGGGCUGUUAGUAUAUGACGACCUUGACAGUAUUCAGGGCGGUUCAGAAGGCAGAAAAAAAGGCAAACAGCGAGAGGUGCCGAAAGUAGAAUAUCCACCUACUGAACGUGCCGCUGUCGAUUGGAUGCGCAGCAAGCUCGAAAUAGACAUGAUCACGGUUAAGGGCUGGUUAUCGAUGUCCACAGAUGAAGAAAAGUUUGCGGUAGAGGUGUAUCUUAGAGAAGUUGUGGCCCAAGCUAACCAGAAGUAUCACUGCAACGUCAUUCUCACAGAUGUUUUGUCCGCCAGUCUGCUUCAGUCGCUUUCGUCAUGUCGUGGCAGGCUUGUCGAUUCGUUCGAGCCCUAUGCAGCGCUGUACGAUAUCAAGCCACCAGAAGAUUCUCAGUUGUCCGCCUCUGCCCGCCAAGAAUAUAUGAAAGAGCGUCGAAAAGUACUCUUUGACUCGUCGAAGGCAGGCCUCUUCACAAACUUCCUCCACGGUCACGAGAUCACUGGUGAUACCGUCGACCUUCUCAUGUUCAGCAACGAAAAUUUGAUAGAGGGCCAUAUCCAAAAAUGGUACAGGGACGCUAAAUCGCCGCUUUGCGACGAGACUUUCAGUCGCAGCUUAACCACGACUCCAGUCACGCUGUUGGCGUGGUCAGCGGUUGCGCUGCGAGCUUCAAUUGACAAAAUAGUCAAUUCACGUGCUACUCGCUUCAGCAAGAACAAGUACGCAAGUUGGUACUUUGAUAUUGUAAAAGACAUGGAGCGCACCUCCGCGCAUCCAGUUCACGGGAAGCUGUUCAAAAGCCGUUUGUUCAAGCUCCACGUAAGAGGGAUGGAGGCAGCGACGAAGUUCUUACAAGACAAUCAGACUGCCGGAGUCGUCUAUAUACCCUCGUUACCAUCGGAAUUGUCUCAGCCUCUUGACUUGUUCAGGUCGAAGUUGAACUAUCCUAUCUCGCAAUCUUCCACUGCGCCCGCGCCAUUGCCAGUGCGCUCGGCAGGAGCUGAGUCAUACUUGGAGAUUUCUUCCCAGUUUUCACAAAUACACACCUUCGCAGGAGGCUCCGAGUCACUGUUAAUGCCCCCCUUCGCAGACUCGGAUAACUCGCUCACAGGCCCUUCUUACUAUUCACAACCCGGUGCCAGUUCGCAGUACCUCGGACACGAGAUGAGGUUUGACUUAGCAGAGUCGACGCACCAACACGGGAUGCGACAAGAGAACUAUAACCCGCCCCUUCCCGUGCCUAGUCAGUCGCAGGAAGGUGACAAUUGGUCCUAUCACUUACAAUACUGA